GGUCACCACACCGCUGUUCGUUUAGCUCUCAUCGUCGUAGCGGCUUUGCAACACGUCAUGCAAAAGCAGUGAAGAAAAGCAGAUCGGUUCUCGUUUGGUUCUGCGGAUCGAAUACCUAUAAUUCCGAGCCUCGUUUUUUAAUUAAACUGAAAGUGCAUCUAGAUCAAAAUGCUCCGAAUCGAGCUGGUGCUGGUGAUAAUAUCCGUGUUCAGCUUCCUGCCGUUCUCGCACGGUUUGAAGGAGAGCGACUGCGAAGUUUGCGUCAAGACUGUCGAGAAAUUUGCCGCUAGUCUGGAUGAUGCGGUGAAAAAGGACACCAAAAAAAUCGAGGACGAAUUCCGGUUAUUCUGCAAAACUGCCAAAAACAAGGAACAACGAUUUUGCUACUAUCUAGGUGGAGUGGAAGAAUCAGCCACUGGUAUCCUUAGUGAGCUCUCGAAACCACUGAGUUGGUCUAUGCCGGCUUUGAAAAUUUGCGAAAAGUUGAAGAAGAAGGAUGCCCAGGUCUGCGACCUGCGAUUCGACAAUCAAAUCGAUGUAAACUCAGUGGAUUUAAAGAAACUAAAAGUCAAGGACUUGAAGAAAAUUCUUUCCGAUUGGGAUGAGAGCUGCGACGGUUGCUUGGAAAAGUCCGAUUACAUUAAGCGGAUCGAUGAACUGAAGCACAAGUAUGUGAAAACUGAACUGUAGAUGUAAGAUGCCGAAAGCUAUUCUCAAUAAGGUAUGUUCAUCAUUUGUAAUGUUCUUUUCUAAUUUAUGGAAAGCACAAUAUGGUUUCUCAUAAUGCCAGUACAAUUGGUUUGAUUUUGUGCAGCCAGCAGCAAUGCAAUAUAACAAAACUUCAUUCUCUUAUAAGUAAAAACAAAUUUAAUUUGCUGUAAUACCUCAUCAAAAUCAAAAUUUUCAACAAUCUCCAAAACCCCACAUAAAUAUUCAAUUUCAAACAGAUAUGGCUUUCAUCGAUACUAUGCUGGUGGACAUUAAUUGAAUAAACAGAUCAGGAGAAAUGUA